GGCCGCGCCGGGUAGCGUUUCUCUCUAGUGCCCGAGGCAGCUCUGGCUCCGAGAGCCCUUAGCCAGCUCCACGGGGACCUCUGUGCACGGAUGGACCCGCCCGGACACGGCGGGAAGCGGCCUGGCAGGCGGCGGCCCCGGUGGCGUCAGCGGAGGCACUACAGGGCCGAGGCCGCGGGCCCCUGAGGCGCGCGGGCCCACCGGGCCCGGCGGCGGCACCAUGAUGCCGGGCGAGACCCACUCGGCGGCUCCCGGGACGGCGGCGGACCUCUCGCGGUGCCAGGGCUGCGCCUCCCUGCAGCAGAAUUUAAAUGAAUAUGUUGAAGCAUUAAUUGCCUUGAAGCAAAAAAUUAUUAACACAGAUAAUUUGUUAACAGAGUAUCAGAAGAAAUGUGAUGAGCUGCAGUUUGCCAGAAGAGAAAAUAGCACGCUGCAUCAGCAGGUGGAACAGAUGCUUCAGAAAAUCUCUCCUCUGCAGAGAUGUCAGGAAGAGCUGGGAUCUUUAAAAGCAGAGCUAGAAGAGAAAAAGAGUUCUCUAAAGUUGUAUCAGGAUACUCAUCAGGAAUAUGCUCGUGUAAAGGAAGAAUGCUUGAAAACUGAUGCUCAGAAGAAGAAACUAGAAGCCAAGGUGAAGAAGCUGGAAGAGGCUGCCAUCAAACAAAUUCAGGACUUCAAGCAACUGAGGAAUGAAAAGAAAGUCCUAGAAAAGGAAUUUAAGAAGACACAGGAAAGGCUUGAUGAAUUUUCGAAACAGAAAAAUGAAAAGGAGUUGAGAAAUAUCGGAACACAAAUUUCAAGUGAUUCUUACGGAAGCAUAGAUAAAAGAAAAGUAAAACUACUGCUAAAGGAACUGUGGCUCUGUAUAAACACAACACACAGAGUACCUGGUGAAGGCAGCAGAUGUGUCCCAGAAAGGCCAGCCCAAGAAGAGCCCCAACUCAGGGACCCCAGGGAAGCUGGGGUACCGGCUGCGGGAGGAGGCGGCCCUCUGCGAGCCUCGGCGGUGCAGACAUGCCUGGCGGAGCUGUCCAUGGAGAUAGAGGGCGACUUCUCUGCGUGUGAGAAUGUGGAAAGAGAGGGCCUCCCCGGAGCGGCUCCCCAGAAUGAGGACCAGAUUCCUGGGGCUUUAACAAAGCACGGGCAUGACACCGACGGCGCCGACUUUUCUGACCACGAGCGUCUUUUUGAUGAGGACCUUCAGGCCGCAGUGGACUUCUUCAAACUGCCUCCUCCUCUCCUGUCGCCGGUGCCGUCACCCCCUCUGGGCUCGGCCCCGCCCCUGGGCACCUUGCCUUCUGCGCUCGCACCUGAGACCUACUUUGGAGAGUACGCGGAUUCCAGCGAUAAUGACUCGGCCCAGCACAGAACCUCCGCUGAGUCCGCUUCGGAAGCUGAGGCACUGGUGGCUGACGACUCUCCCGGCUCCUCCAGGAAAACUAAAGGACGCGGCGCGCACACGGGAAAGCUCAGACCACGUGACGCCGCUCAGGUUCCUAGUACGUGGAAAGCAAACGAAGUGACAGCUGUUGGGUUUGGGACAUUUACAGCAACACUAAGAGAGCCUUCAGCCACGUACUCCUUGGCUUGUGAGAAACACUGGACAGUGUCAUCUCCUCCUGCGAGUGACAGACACGGGGGCGUGUUAGAUGAGGCCACACGACAAAGGGAGGCGAGGGAGAUGGAGAAGUCAGUGCAAAUGGAGGAGGCGCUUCAUAAGCCCCUUGGAAGCACGAGUGUUGAAAAGCUGCCUGGCAGCCUCGCUCAGGAGAAGGAAGCAGCCCUCGGGAGGUCAGAUUUGCUUUAUUGUCCCCUUGGCCAGAGGCCAUUAAGUGAAUUCCUGGGGUCUGAAGGAAAAAUCAUGGCAUCAUCCAAAUCAGACUUUACUAAGUGGACACCAGCUAUUGAAAUCACUUCUGAAUCAGAUCGUGUGUCUGUUUCUGACCGUCUUCAGGGAACAGCUAGAGAAUCGGGAAAGGGAAGAGGAGCUAUGCGAGGGUUCGUGUUGGGGGAAUCACCUGGACAGGAAGAAGAUGCAGGUGACGUCAUGGCUGUGACAGGGCUUGAUGUCAGUGUCAGAUGUCCUUCCUCUGCAACCUCGGGAGCGCUGUCUGUCUACAUCCAUCCCCAGGCUUCCUCUGGGUUACAGUGUGGUGAUGAGACUCCUGUUCCUCCCGAAGCCGUCCCUACUGCAGUGUGUCACUCAGAGCAAACGUCACAGGCCAAAACUUCAGACACGGCAGGGCAGCAGGCUGAGCCACCAGAGUGUGCUGCAGGAGAACGUGAUCCGGGGACUCGUGUGCAUGCUUUGUGCCCUGAGUUGGGAGUGCCUGAUUUGCACGGUCAGAGCAGCAGUGAGGUGGGACGUGCAGAAGCCGUGAAAAGCACCUCCCAGGUGUGCACACUCCCUCUGUCAGUGUUUGCAAAGGCCACGAGAGGUGGGCAGGGUGAAAACCAAGGACUGCAAGGGGGGCUCACACCCAGCCAGUCAGAUUUCACCCCGCUAGUGGAGUCUCAGUCUGGCUUGAUCAAGCGUGUUUUUGGUUUUGUCAGAAGCACUUCCUGGCACCAUAGUGAUCUUUUGAGGAGAGGAGGUGAAGAAAGACUGAGAGCUAAAUCAGAACACGAGCAAGAGACCCACCACCAGUUACAAAAGGCAGUGGCCUCCUUGGAAAACAGAGGGUCGGCGUCCAAGCCUGACCUCCCUGGAGAAAGUGCCGGUGCUGUGGGCUUCAGGGCUGCUGCGUCCAUGCUGCCUAACCAAGUGUCGGUGAUCACCAAGCAGGCCAGGCCUGAGAGGACGCACGGUGCUCAGCCCGAGCCCCUGAGCCUGCCCAGGAGUGAGCCUGCCUCGGCGACAGAAAGUGUGAGGAACGGGACUGGUUAUGUGUCUUCUAGAGCGAGAUGUGGUGGAGAGGGGGAGGACGCGGCUCAGGAGGUCCAGGAGGUGGCUCCUGUGGAAAGGACUGUUCCAGAAGCUUCCCCUUCUUGGAGAAAACUCGAUUUUAAUUCUCCAAGUGGCUCUUUAUCAGUAGAAAAUUCUCAUUGUUCCACAAAUAGCAAAUUACCUUUCUUUUCUGAAAACACCCCUGUUCCAAACCAAGACGUCAUGAUGGAGCCUGCAGUGCAGGAAGAGAUGCAGAAGCAGAGGCCAUGUCUGAACGCCACAAAUCUGGACACGUCUGGUUUGGGUGGAGAUCAACAUCCAGCCGCAGGAAUGGCAGUGGCAGGAGCCUGUCCCACUGAAGAUGCGCCCUUUGGAGACAGAGCGGGGCCUGAUGGGGAAGGCGCGGCCCUCGCCGAGGACUGUCCUCGCAUUCGGCAGAGCCCGGAGCGGCCCAAGCAGCUGCCAUCGCCGAGUCCUGGCAGUGCUUGUCCUGAAGGCCCAGGCCCCACAGCUGCUGCCUUUUCUUCAGCGACCGGCAGGAAAGAUGAGACACAUGCUGUUCCCCAAAGGAGCCCCCCUGGUCCUCUGUACUGUUACACAGGCCUCCGGGAGGCGGGCGGUGGUGACACCGAGCUGGAGAGCGAGGCCCCGAGCUGCAGUGAGGGUGAAAAUGAGCCUGACGCGGCCCCAGGGGCCCGACCGUGGGGAGCUGUCCAGGCGUCCGGGACGGACUUGGGAGCUGGGGGCGCCGCUGCCACUGAGCCCAGACCGUCCACCGCGCUGGGCUGCCUGACCUCGGCGCUGCGGGACUGCAACAUCAGCGCCCUCCCCGAGACAGACGGCCUGUCCACCUCGGAGGUGGUGCAGUUCCUGGAGAGUUGCCAGCUGAGAGAUUACAGUUCAGGGGACUCUGUUUCAGAAUGUUCCAGCAAAGAAACCCUUAACAAAGAAAUGAACAGAGAGUUAAAGCCAAGUGGAAAAACAGGAGCAAAGUGCAGAAAGCAACUCGGUGAACAAGAAGCGCUCGAAACCAGCGAGGAGUGGCUUGAGUCAGAGGACGAGGAGGGCCCCUUGCGGAGUGCCAGUCGGCUGGCCCAGUGCUCUCUGGAGACGCUGUCCGAGGUGCUGAGCACGAUCGGGCGGGAUCUGCAGCCGGACGCGGAGGACCCGAGCAGGAACGACGUCGCGGACUUGCUGCUGCUCAGUGUGCACGGCGGCGCAACGAGCGAACUCGGGAAAGAGCGCGUCAAAGCCCCAGAAACAGGCGGCUCCUCGCCCCCUUCAGACCCACCCCCACCCAGCCUAGAUGCCCAGGGCACUUCUCCCGUGACUGGGACAUCUAGUGACGAAAACACUCAGCACAUACUUGAGGGUCCCUCAGAUGUGACGAGGCCAGUCGAUGGUGGGGACGGGGUCCUGUCAGAACCGGUGGGGCCCCCAGCCCAGGGCUGUGACUCAGGAGCGGGACAGACAGCCGAGUGCAGUGCUGGUGGUGAGGCGGACAGGACAUUUCAGUGUCAGAUCUCCACAGUGACCGCUGAGGUUAUAAAUGUGCUGAUAAAUAAGGACCAAAAUCUAGUCAUUGAAAAGGGGGACAACUGGACCAUCAUCAACGGGGUGGCUCUCGUGCCAGAUGUGGACCAGGUUAUCUUAUGCGACGCGCCCGGAGAAAUCCCGGCUUCCCCGGAGGGAGGAGGACUGGCAGCUGGCUUCAUGCCCGAUACUUCCAGGGUGACGUCCCCAGACCCCGGUCACACUGGCUCUCCGUUUCAGGAGCCCCCAUGUGGCGGCAGCCUCCCAGGUGCCCAAGAGGAGAUUUCCAGCAGUGGUCAGAGUUCCAACUUUGAUAAAAGUCGUUUGCGGAAUAGACCUGUUAAACCCAGUGUGAGGAUUAAUUCUGAAAUAUAUGACCAGAUCUUUGAGUCUCAGAUUGUUGCAUCUGAUCACACGUAUUAUAACUCGAAACUAGAGCCAUUUAGCAAAACCAAGACUCGAUCAAAGAUUUCAAACAAAGAUCAGUCAAACAAACCGGUAAAGACAUCAGCGUCCAGCAGAGUUGAAAGUGAUCCAAGUGAAGUGUCUCGGUCCCCUUCAGGGGACAGAGGUACCACAAAAACUCCGAAACACCCACCUCAGACCAUUCUUGCCAAUGCUGACACAUCUACUCCCACAGAUUGUUCUGCUGACACUCUGAGUAAAAUUCGGCAGGAGGUGGGGCCCCCUCUGCCGCCCCUGCUUGCUCCUUUGAUCGCCACGCCCCCCAGGACUUCGCGCCCCGUCUCCCCCCUGAUGUCCAGUGCCAGCCCCUCCUCACCUACCUCUCCUGCCAGCCAGCUCUCUCCAUUGUGUGAUAUCCCAGCACCACCCGUGACGUCUCCUUUGCUGGAAGACCCAGGGCCCGUCUCCCCUCUGUGCACACCGCCGUCCCCGUCUGCCGUACCUACUGGGGAGAGGACAUUGUCCUCUCCUUUGCAGUUCUGUGCUGCCACCCCAAAGCAUGCCCUUCCUGUGCCCGGCCGACUGCCCCCCUGCGCGUCGGCCCACACUGCUGUGGCUGGGCCCCAGGAGAAUUCCGUUAAAAUCCUCGACACCAUGUACCCGGAGCUGUCGGCCAGGGCCCGCACGCUCAGCAUCCUCAAAGGUAACAUUCAGCUCACACGCGGGCCACCUGCUGCUGCCCGGCAGGAUUUGCCAGGGCCUGUCAGCGCCAUCACAGGGUUCAAAGGAAUCACUUCCACCUCCACUGCCUUUGUCAAGACUGGGGGCAGCUCGGGCGGUGACUGUAACCAGGAGAAGUCGAGAGACGUGGGGACUCCACAGGAUUCAGGUGGCAAGCGGGCACUGGCAGUGUGUGCACUGAGGAGUGCUAAAAGGCUGCGCCUGGACAGCGAGUCCCCAGACGCAGAAACGGGCAGCGCCACCGCAGAAGGCGUCCAGAAGCACCCCCGCAGGGACCUGCCUCAAGCUCAAGUCCCAGCGGCAGAUGAGGACCCAGCUUCCGUGCCGCGUGCUGGUACAGCUUCACAGCUGCCUCUGAACCCCAAAGAAACCGUGGAGUCGCAUGACAGAGCCAUCGCCGAUGCCCUGAAGAAGAUCGCGGAGUCCUGCUUUGACCUGCUGCCUGUCAUCCGCAGUCACGUGUACGUGGGAAAUAUCUCCAAAAAGCCUGUCAUGAGAGAUGAAGAGAAGGAGGUCGUGUACGACUUCAGUACCGCCAAGAAGCACUUAGCAGAGUGCUUGCUUCACUCUAUUCUCUCAGAACUGAAACUUCAGAAAGUAUCUCUGGAGCACAACUACAUCCAUGCCCUCUGCAGAGUGUACGUGGGUCUUUGUCGGCAGCUUGGAGACGUGGAGAGAGCUCGCUUGUUCUGCUACAGUCUCCUUAAGGAAGAUUUUCCAGAGUCAGAAAAGUUGACUUUGUUCAUUGUGAACAUGUGGCACGAUGUGUUUGUGUCUCAGUCGGUGAUCAAUAAGGCGAUGCAGCUAGUCGCCAGGCAGCGCGCUAAGGGUGAGGUCCUGAGCUGCCUCAGGGCUUUUCUCAGCUGGGAGAAGAAUGCUCCUGCGGACGUUGGCUUCAUGGUUUCUAAGCUGCUUCUGACCAUCCAGUUAUGUCCAAAAACAGAAUUCCAGCUGAGCGAGCGGUUCGGUGAGGACCUGAGCGAUAGCACUUGGGAGUACAUAUUUGCCAUCGAGCUGCUCUGUUGCUAUCAGAAGUGGGUGUGGACACAUGAUAACAUCAUAAGUAAGGAGCUGUGGCCGGUAAUGGAUAAGUGGAUAAAAUACCGAAAAGGACAUGCGAACAUCGCAUACACGCCUGACGUUAUCAUAGCAUCAGUGCUGAGGCUCAUUGGUCGUUUAGGCCAAUUGGGUCUGAAGGAAGGCUUUCCAUCUGCUGUGAAAAAUAUUAGUUCGGUUAUCGGUAUGUUCAUACAGCAUGCCCGGGAUGAAGAUAUACCGUGGGGUAUACAGCUAGCAGCCGUGUACGCUCUUUGUGACUUGAGUCCCAGCAAUCCAGCGGAAAUAUCCCAGAUCCUGGAAGCGUGGCGCAGAGAGACCUCUCACAGCGUCCCGCCGGUGGUGGCCAGCUCCCUGGAGGAAGUCAGCGCAUUGUGUGGGGAGGGGCUCGGCUAAACCCGGCCUGCCGCGGCCUCGCAGAAGUGCCUUCACAUUCUUGAGUACAAACAGAUUCAUCAGCUGUCAGAAUGCAAACUGAGGUUCCAAGAGAAAGAUGCAGAAGAGAGAGCAUGCCAAGAGGCUCUUCUCACUGUGGCAAGGAGGCAGGACACACGAGCAGUGGCCCGGCCGCUUCCCCUAAACCACAUGCAUUUUACUGAAGGCCGUUGUGCAUACAUGACACAGGGAGUGUGUUAACUGUGUCUCGGUCAGACAGCAGACACUUGAACUUAGCCCUUUUUUGCUGCAGAAAGUGUCCUUUUAGCUUUUUAAAAAUGAGUGGCAUUUUAUAAUGAAUUUAAUAUAAAAGCAUUGAUUUGAUUCCUGAGCUAAUUCUGGGCUUUGCGCUCAAAUGAAUGAAUAGGAAAAACUAAAUUGGCUAAAAGAGAACUAGAAGACCCUUCCACUACCUUAGCUGGCAAUGGGCUGCAGAAGUCAUCAAGGGCGAGUGUGCAGCUCGAGCAGAGUCCAGCGGGAGAGCCUUUAGAACUCAGUCAGUGCGGUUUCUUCACAUCUCUAAGUCCCGUAAGCUGUUUAACCCUGUGUCAGGAAAGCAGAACAAGAGCGGCAGCUCGCGGGCAGGCCAUGGGAGCGACGUGUACAUACGGAUUCACAGCCAGGCACGGGCCGAGCCCUGGGCCGUGUGCAUACGGACAGUGCUAGAAUGUGUUUCACAUUCAGUGAUGUUCCACUUCGGAAUUUUAGUAUCUGUACAGAGAAAAUGGGUUUAAUAACUCACCGUGGUUCUGAUUUGUCUUAUAGUCAUCGUUUCUUAAAACUCUUGUAUGUGUUUUUUAUAAUAAAAAAUAAAAGCCA